CUAAUGCUCGUGCACGGAUGGAAACCGGACUAUCACCUUAACCUGCGUAACGUGCCUGAACUGUUAUCAGCGCUUUAACUCUGCAUCAUAUCUUCAGCAAGUGUGCAGCGUGCAUGCAGAGACGCUGCACCGGCUCGGUGCCUCUGCAACCCCCCACAAGGUUCCACCUAAAAGGAGAACUAACGCGUGUGAGUGCCCGUCUGUGAGUGAAGCUGCGUUCAUGCACGUGUGUGUUUAUGUGUCAUCAUGAAGCAUCAGUCUAUCUCCCGGUGGCUGAGCCAGCUGGGACUGCCGCAGUACUGCACAGCGCUGGAGCAGGAAUAUGAUGGUGUGGAGGAUCUGCUCCACCUCUCAGAGUACGACUUGUUGGAGGUCGGAGUCCACAAUCACCUCCACCGCCUGCACCUUCUCACUUCCCUACGCCUCCUCCAGGAGCGAGAGAGGAGGAGAGAGUUAAGGAUGAUGGCUGAGGGGCGUUUUGCCAGCCUGCCGAGGUCCCUGCAUGCCCACCACACCCUGGGUGGAGGCUCGGCUCACCCUGGAGUCCCCCCCUCCUCUCUGGGAGUCUCCAGCAGCAGCACCUGCUCCUCCAGGAGGCUCCAGGCCUCCCUCGCCUCCUCCAUGGACCUCCUCAGCUCCAGACCGGGUUUUCCUCCCGGCAGCAGUGGCAGCCUAUCAGAGCUUCCCACCUCUUCCUACCAGCAAGUCUCCAUUCACGGAACUCUGCCUCGGCGCAAAAAAGGAGGGGUCAACAUCACCCACGGGAACUACACCUGGGACCCCAGAGCCAAUCACAUGCAGCCGGUACUGACUCCCGGACAAGUCAAUAAACCCCUGACCUCCCCGCUUGUCCAAAACAUCAUUGAUGACUUUCAUGGUUACAGGGAGCCCACAGCAGGUCUGGACGCCACCGUGGACUAUGUGAAGUUCUCCAGGGAUCAGUUCAUCCUGGACUGUCCAUCAGAGAAGCUCCGCAGAGAGCUCGAAGAAGAACUGAAGAUGAACUGUGAGGAGCCGAGGAGCCAUGCAUGGUACCACGGAGCCAUACCCAGACAGGUUGCAGAAAACUUGGUGCAGCGUGACGGUGAUUUCCUGAUCCGUGAUUCGCUGUCCAGUCCAGGAAGUUACGUUCUGACCAGCCAGUGGAGGAACACUGCCCAGCACUUUAAAAUCAACAAGAAGGUGGUGAUGCUGAACGAGGCGUACUCCAGAGUGGAGUACCGGCUGGAUAGAGAAGGCUUUGACAGCGUCCCGGCACUUAUUAGAUUCUAUGUUGGCAACAGGAAAGCUGUUUCCCAGGUGGUCGGAGCCAUCAUCUUCCAGCCAAUCAACAGAGCGCUGCCUCUGCGCUGCUUGGAGGAAAAGUACGGGCUCUCCGGCAACCACAGGGAGGCGUCGGGGUUCAUGGCGCAGGAGAGGCGGAGUCAGAAGCGCCUCAGCCUCAACAUCACCAACGGACACACGCACGACAACACACACAACGUGCAGGACGGCACACACUGCAGGGAGAACGGCACGAGCCGGAGCAGCCAGCUCAGGUUGAAGGAUCGCUGCGGCAGCCAACCAGCGAGUCUGAACCAGGUCCAAGAGAGGAGACGCCCGCUCAAAGCUCACCAGUCAGAGAGCUACCUGCCUCUCGGAUCCAAGCCUCAGCACCAGCAGUCUCCUGACCCUCUGCUCACGAGUCCCAGCCCCAAGUCUCCCGUCUUUCGGACGGGCAGUGAGCCGGUGCUGAGUCCCUCUGUCGCUCGGAGAUCUGCAGAGCCUCUAGCAGGUCGGUGGACGUGGACAAUACUAUCCACAGCUCCUGGGGGCCCUCCUGUUCCUCCAGUCAAACCCCUGAAGUUCCAGCAUCAGCUCCUCUCUGCGGACUCCCUCAGCGCCUUCAGCUCGGUGGAGAAUCCAGAACCAGCGUGGACUGAGCGUCUGCAGCCGAGCCCUGCAGACACCAGAUCCUGCAGCCCGCUGGAGUACGGGGACUCGAUCUCACCAAACGCUUUGCACCUUCAGCCUCCGCUCUGCAGCUACGUGGAGCGACUGAGGAGAGAAGGGGAGGGAGGAAGAGAGGAAGGGGAGGAGGAGAAGGAGGCGGCCGUGGGGAAGAGAGGACUGGACAGGAGCUCGUACCACCACGCCAUCGCUGCUUUAGAGAGCACCAGCGAGGACGAGGAGGAGGUCGAGGGAGAAGAAAACAGGAGGCGUAAGAAGAGCAGCUUCCAGCGGCCGGUCGUGGAGACGGAGUCGACGUUUCAGCCGGCGGAGUUUGGAUCUCGACUUCUGCCCGCGGAAAACAAACCUCUGGAGAUGGUGGUGCUGAGGAGAGCGAAGGAGCUGCUGCUGAAACACAACCAUCAGAGUAUAGCACGACACCUGCUGCUGGCCGACUGUCAGGUGGCGAGGAUCCUCGGUGUGACUCCGGAGCUCAAAGGUCAGAUGGGCGUGGCCUCCGGUCUGGAGCUGGUGACUCUGCCGCACGGCCGGCAGCUGAGGCUGGACCUCAUGGAAAGGCACCACACCAUGGCGAUAGGCGUUGCCGUGGAUAUUCUGGGAUGCACCGGGAGCGUGGACGAGCGAGCCUCAACGUUAAACCGCAUCAUCCUGGUCGCAUUGGAGCUGAAGGACGCCGUGGGCGAUCUGUUCGCGUUCACGGCCCUGAUGAAAGCUCUGGACCUGCCGCAGAUCAGCCGCCUGGAGGAAACCUGGACGACUCUGAGAAGGAACUUCACACAGACCGCCAUCAGCUACGAGAAAAUACUCAAACCUUUCUACAAGAACCUGUACGAGGGCACAGCUUCUGCCCCUCCGGUUGUCUGCGUCCCGCUCCUGCUGCCCCUCCUCACACUGAUGGAGCGUCCGUCGAUCACACCAGAGGGGGCGGAGCUCUGGGAGACCAGCGACCAGGGCUGUGACAUCAUGCUGCGCCACCUGGAGGCUGCACGCGACGUAGCACACAGCGCACAGAGCUACACGACAAACGCACAGAAGCUCUUACACGAGUUUCAGAGCGACGACGACCUGCUGGAGGUGUUCAAAACAGACUUUCAGCUGCGGCUGCUGUGGGGGAGCCGAGGAGCUUCAGUCAACCAAUCAGAUCGCUACAACAAAUUCAACCUCAUCCUCACUGCGUUGUCACGGAAACUGGAGCCUCCGCCCACGACACAAACCGUAAUCUGAACAGAAACAAAACGUGGUGAAUGGAUGAAGAGAAACAAAAGCUCCUUUCACACACAAACUCCUGACAUCUUCUCAAUAGUUUCAGGACAUAACGGAAAAGAUUUCUGUUUCUGAGUUGGUCACACAUGCACAACACCUGGAUGAUGUCUGAAAAGCUUCAGGAGUGCAAAGCAUGUGUGAAAGGUGCUAAACGUCAACGAGGCAAAACUGCAAUAAGUGAUCAGAUACCAAGCUGCUGCCUGAGGAAGAGCUGAGGAACAUGUUUAAAAAUCAUAUCUUAUCCAGUAUAUUCUUCACUCCUGCAGCCGCGUUUUCUCCUUUUAAUAGUUUAAAACGUCACAAGGAUUUAAGGUGUUUUUCUUCUCCAGUUUUAAGUGUGUUCAGGAUUCACAGGAUCAGCUUCCAUCAGCCUGAAACUUAAGUUUAUUUAAAUACUUCUACAGUUCACUUCGCAGACGAUUUUAUGCAGAGUAAGUACAACACAAGUAAGGAUCUAGAGAGGAGGAAACAACGUCAGUAAGUGCAAACGAUCAGCUUUAAGUCCGAUCGGACACACAGGUUCUGACAGGAAGUAACCAGAGGUGAAGCACAACAUUGACAGCUGCUCUUGUCUUAACAUCAUUGUCACUAUCAAACAAAAACCAUCAUCAUCAUCAUCAGAGUCAUCAUCAUCAUCAUUAAGGUCGUAGGUAUUCAUGAAAGAGCUGGGUCUUUAGCUUUUUCUUAAAGGUGCAAAGGGACUCUGCAGAUCGAAUGGAUUUUGUAAGUUCGUUCCACCACCGGGGGGCGACAGAGGAGAAGAGUCUGGUUAGAGACUUAGGACCCUGUUGUGAAGGUUGGAUCAGACGCCUUUCAUUGGCAGAGCGUAUUGGGAUGGAGGGAGUGCAGACCUGGAUUAUAGAGUUUAGGUAAAGAGGAGCCGUUUUUGUCGAUGUUUUUUAAGCGAGCAGCAGAGUUUUAAAUUUGAUGGGAGCCAGUGGAGAGAGAUGAACAGCAGAGUGACAUGUGCUCUUUUGGGUAGGCUGAAGAAAAUUGCACAACUGAGUCGAUAUCAUAAAUCAUGACUUUACAAAGUCUUCAGGAGAAACAGAAUCUACAUCUUGUGACACAUCCGACUGUGACAUGUCAGAAAAUCCUCUUAUCGAACUUUAUAAAAGAAGGAUAUUUAACAACAAAGUCUGCAUCUGAUACUGAUCAAUAAAGUAUUAUCCUAUUAUCCUAUCUGUGUACAUAAUCUGAAGAGAAACAACUUGUGAAUAUACGUUCAAAAGAGGAUACAGGUCCUUCCUACCUGGAGGUUUUUUGGCUUCAUUUAUCUCAUUGUGAUCUGUGUUACAAAAUCAAAUAGGCUGCUUCUUUAAAGGUUACAUAUUUUACUCCUUCUCAACCAGUUUCAAUAAGUCUCAGAGCUCUCCAAAACACAUGUGUGAAGUUUCUUGUUCUAAAUCCACUCUGAUCCUGUAUUUGAUCAUGCCUAUAAACCCCUCUAUUUCAGCCCUGCUCAGAACAGGCUGUUUCUGUGUAUGUAGCUUUAAAUGCAAAUGAGCUGAGUCUGACCACGCCCCCUCUCUGGAAGGGCUUGGGUGUACUCGGGCUUUCUUGCACCAUGCACAAUUCUUUACAGUGAGAAGGACGAUUCAGAGGGCAGAACAAACACCUAGCUGUGGGAGUGUCACCCACCUGGGGGAGGGGCUACUGUCCUUUGUGAUGUCAUGAAGGGAUAAUCUCCAAACGGCCUGUUUGAGCACACAUUUUCUAAAAAAGUGGAGCAGACAAAAGACGGAGAGGAUGGCUGUAUAAUUUGGGGCUUUGUAGACAGACUAGGAUUUUGCAUAUGAGACCUUUAAAAAGCAAUACAAAGUCAAGAGAUUGUGAAGAUAAAGAUGUUACGUAUAUCAAAUGAUUUAAUGUUGAUCAAGGUUUCCACCAAUCUUUCUGUCACUGUGUUCACGUUGGAGCAGGAGAUCAGACUUGUGCUUUCUGUUCACGACUAAAUGUAGCUUAAAGUGUUUUUUCUUUAACAGAUGGAAAUAUUUUUGCUUCUGCUUAAAAUUAAGCGGUUUAAAAUAUAUAUAAAUAUAUAUAUUAAUGUGCCAGAGAUUAAAGUUGUACAUAUUUGAAACAUUAGCAUGUCAAUAAUAGACUGUACAUAUUCUCUGUAGAGGACUGACUGUAAAAAGAUUGAUUUUAUUAUGUUUAUAUAUUGAUGAACUACUGUGGUUUAAGAUUAAAUAAAUAUGCUGUUAAGUAUGUGAA